AUGCUGCAAAAUGCCACUGUGGUCCCGUCCCAUCCAAAUUCUGGGACCAGAAAGUGCAUUAGACAACAGACCAAAAAGGAUGAUGCAAGACCUGGAUGCUCAUCGGUAGCAUACGGUGCAUCAGAGGAAAUUGGGCCAUUCCGUGUAAACAAAACUGGAUCUUCUCUAUAUCUCAACCCAGAUGCAUGGAACAAAGAAGCAAAUAUUCUUUUUCUUGAAUCUCCUGCGGGUGUUGGCUUCUCAUACACAAAUACCAGCUCUGAUCUCAAAACUUCAGGGGACAAAAGAACAGCUCAGGAUGCACUGAUUUUCCUAAUCAGAUGGAUGUCAAGGUUUCCACAGUAUAAAUAUAGGGAGUUUUACAUUGCUGGGGAGAGCUAUGCAGGGCACUACGUCCCCCAGUUGGCUAAGAAAAUCCAUGACUAUAACAAAAAGAAUCCCCAAAUUAUUAAUCUCAAAGGGUUCAUUGUGGGAAAUGCUGUGACUGAUAGCUACAAUGAUGGGAUUGGAACCAUCACAUAUUGGUGGAGUCAUUCUAUGAUAUCUGAUCAGUCCUACAAAUCCAUCCUCAAGUACUGCAAUUUCACUUCAGAAGAAACCUCUAAAAAAUGUGAUGAUGCUUAUAGUUAUGCAGUUAACUAUGAAUUUGGAAAAAUAGAUCAGUACAGCAUCUAUACCCCAACGUGCCCAACAUCACAGAACAAUACUGUCAAACACAUACGAUUCAAGAAUCUUCAUAUGAUUUCAGGAUAUGAUCCGUGUACUGAAAAUUAUGCAGAGAAAUACUAUAACCUUCCAGAAGUGCAGAAAGCAAUGCAUGCAAAUGUUACCGACAUUCCUUACAAAUGGACUGCAUGCAGUGAAGUGCUCCUAAAGAAUUGGAAGGAUUCUGAAAUUUCUGUGCUGCCUAUAUACAAAGAGUUAACUGCUGCAGGAUUGAAAAUAUGGGUAUUCAGCGGGGACACAGAUUCUGUGGUUCCAGUGACUGCCACGAGGUUUUCUCUGAACCACCUUAACCUAAGCAUCAAAACUCGUUGGUAUCCAUGGUACUCUGGUGGACAGGUUGGUGGAUGGACAGAGGUGUAUAAUGGUCUAACAUUUGCAACAGUAAGAGGAGCUGGCCAUGAAGUUCCUUUGUUUCAGCCAAAACGAGCUUACACCCUUUUUAAGUCCUUUUUGGCAGGAAAAGAACUACCAAAACAUUGACAUGCACUGUAACACCUUCUUCAUUCAUGUUAAACCAAUGCACCAUUCAUUAGUUUCUUGCUUCCACAAUUACACUGAUUCUACUAUAAUAACUUGAUCCUUUUUUCACAAGAUAAAAUCUACUUUCCACUAGUGAUUAAAGUCUCUGUUCAUUCACUCAGUGAGAAAUGUUGUAAUAGAGAAAUUAGAGAUCUUGUAUACAAUAAUGCCAUCAUAAGUAAUUUGUUAUUGUGUAUACUA